AUAUCCUAUCCACCGCGAUAAAAAGUUUCAAGACUAGCAACACGUUACAAAUCGUUGGAUCGGUGGUAAAUUAAAGUUGAACGGUUCGUAUAAAAAGUUGUAUAGUAAGAAACGUGCACAUAACCGUAGGUAAACCUGCGUCAAGAUCUCAACUGAUGCUUCCAUCAAGGAAAUGAUUCCCCCCGGUUGCCUUGUCAUGCUAACGCCUUUGAUUGUUGGUUUCUUCUUCGGCGUUGAGACCCUCUCAGGGGUCCUCGCUGGCUCCCUUAUCUCCGGAGUUCAGAUUGCGAUAUCCGCAUCUAACACUGGUGGAGCGUGGGACAAUGCCAAGAAGUACAUUGAGGCCGGUGCAUCAGAGCACGCGAGGAGCUUAGGACCGAAAGGGUCAGAGCCACACAAGGCAGCGGUGAUAGGUGACACAAUAGGAGACCCGUUGAAGGAUUCAUCAGGACCGUCGCUGAACAUAUUGAUCAAGCUAAUGGCUGUUGAAUCUCUCGUCUUUAAUUUGCUCCCUUCUUUGCCACACAUGGCGGUUUUCUUUUCAGGAUCUUCUCCUGAAGAAUAAUGAAUGUGUUGAUUCGAGGAGCUGUUUUAGAUUUUGUUUAGUGGGGUCAUUACCAAAACCUGAAAAUGAUGUUCUACUUCUCUUUUCUGCUGUCUAGGUGUUUAGCAAACCCACCAACAAAACAAGUGAGAUCCUAAAUCUUGUUCUAUUCGAAAGAUGGAUUUGUGAACUUGUAUUUUCAUCUGCUUGUUAACUUGAUCUCUUUCAUCUGCUAUAAUAAAUUCUAAAAAUAUCUA